GUCUUGCUACAGAGGUCAGCUAGGAUGGAUGCUGCAUGGAAAACCCAUGUGAGUGCAUCAGAAACUCCUCGAUGACCUGAGAACCAGGAGAGGAAGACAAGAAGCAUCUCCAUGUUACAAACAUGUAACUGAACGAGGACGAGCGCAGGCACGACCACCCAGGGGACAGCUAAAGGCCGGUCCCUGCGGAGGGGAGGCAUAAAGCUGCUUCAGGGCGAACUGACUGAAGUCUCUCCCUCCUCACGGCCGAGAUGCCCGGCCGGGCCCUCCACGAGGGGACUUCAGCAGGCGGCCGUGAAGCCGGGGCAGGGAGCCAGAGGCCUCGAUACGCCCGGCGCUGGAGCACGGACCGCCAGCACCCGGGGCGGGCCGCGGCAGCGGCGCCACCUUCCCCCGGUGCCGCCGUGAGCCCGCCCCGGCCGCUCUCUCUAGGACCUGCGAUGAGUUUGGCCGCCGGAGCCGGCCUCAGCGCCUGCGCGGAGGGAGGCGGCCGAGCCCCUUAUCCCCAUGGAGAGCUCCGAGGCCGAGCCGAGCGAGAGCCGCCCGGAGGAGGACGGCGCCGCGCCCGGCAGCGAGCCUCAGCCCCCGGACACGAUGGAAGACUGUUUAGCAAAAAAAAUGGAAAUCACUGUUUCAGAAGCAGAAAAGCGGACUGGGAGAAAUGCCAUGAACAUGCAAGAAACAUAUACUGCUUACCUCAUUGAGACAAGGGCUGUUGAGUCCCAGAAUGAGGGACAGUGCUCCCCAGUGGACUCCCUGUGGCGACGUUACAGUGAAUUUGAGUUGUUGAGGAAUUAUUUGUUAGUUACCUAUCCACAUAUUGUUGUUCCACCUUUGCCAGAAAAAAGGGCUGACUUUGUUUGGCACAAACUAUCAGCAGAUAACAUGGAUCCAGAUUUUGUGGAAAGAAGAAGAAUCGGUUUGGAAAACUUUUUGUUACGUGUGGCUUCUCAUCCUGUUCUUUGCCAAGACAAAAUCUUUUAUUCGUUUUUAACACAGGAAGGUGGUUGGAAGGAAAUGGUGAAUGAGACUGGAUUUCAGUUAAAGGCAGAUUCCAGAUUAAAAGCUCUUAAUGCAACAUUCAGAGUGAAAAACCCAGACAAGAGAUUUACAGAGCUAAAACACUAUAGCGAUGAACUGCAGUCUGUCAUAUCACACCUUCUGCGAGUCAGAGCUAGGGUGGCAGACCGGCUAUAUGGUGUCUAUAAAGUCCAUGGCAACUAUGGAAGAGUAUUCAGUGAGUGGAGUGCAAUUGAAAAGGAGAUGGGGGAUGGGUUGCAGAGUGCUGGCCACCACAUGGAUGUAUAUGCAGCUUCUAUUGAUGACAUCCUGGAAGAAGAGGAACAUUAUGCAGAUCAGCUGAAAGAGUAUCUCUUCUAUGCAGAAGCACUACGGGCAGUUUGCAGGAAACAUGAAUUAAUGCAAUAUGACUUGGAAAUGGCGGCACAGGACCUAACAUCUAAGAAACAGCAGUGUGAGGAGCUGGCAACAGGAACUAUGAGAACGUUCUCUCUGAAAGGGAUGACCAGCAAGCUGUUCGGGCAGGAAACCCCUGAGCAGAGGGAAGCCAAGAUAAAGAUUCUAGAAGAGCAGAUACAGGAAGGAGAAGAACAACUGAAGUCUAAAAAUCUGGAAGGCAGAGACUUUGUGAAAAGUGCCUGGGCUGACAUUGAACGGUUUAAAGAGCAAAAGAAUUGCGAUUUGAAGGAGGCUCUUAUAAGCUAUGCUGUUAUGCAGAUUAGCAUGUGCAAAAAGGGAAUUCAAGUUUGGACAAAUGCAAAGGAAUGCUUCAGCAAGAUGUGAUUAUCUGGAAAUGAAUUCCUCCUCCAAGUGCCAGAGAAUGGAAGCACAAAUGUUUAACACCAAUGUUAAGUUGUUACAUGACCUACAUAUAAAUCAUGAAAUAAAUGAGUUGAGUGAAUAGUUUUUCUUUCUGCUGAUUGUAAUUGCUAAUAAAGGACAAAAAGGUUAUGUUAUUAAAUGUUUAGCUCUGACUGCCACUACUGUGGCAUGUUUUAUAUGUGGUAGCAAAUAAUUCAGGGGUAAGAGUUACUGAAAACUACAACUCUGUACUUGGGCAAAGGUGUAGGGAAAGUUAUCCCAGAAAGUAUGAACCGAGCUGUUCUCUCUGAGACUUGUGAAACACCAUGCUCCGUAAUGUAUAGAUCACUUCCAGAUGCCCUUUUUUUUUCAGCUCUUGCUGUUUAGAAUUUGUAAUGCUCAAGGGUGCUUUGGUUUUAUAAUAGGACACACAGUUGUGUUCUUGAGGUUUACACCACAGGAGGGACAAAAAAUGAAAUUGUAAUGCCUAGGGUUCAUAUUUAAAUGCCUUUGCAUGUCCAUAAAGAAAUGUGCUUUUCCAAAGGUCGGGUUAAGCAGUCUCAAGCUCCUGAGAUGUUUGAAACUCUCUACAGUAGAGGUGUUGUACAAUGGUUUGAUACAAUAUUCUGCAUUUACUGGUUCCCACUUAAGUUUUGAUAUGGGCAUUGAUUUCUUAUCAAACUUCUUCCUGCAAGUUAAAGAAACUGGUGAUCCAGCUGAGCAGCAAAACCAAAGCCAAAGCUGGUUAAGAAGCAGAUGCAACUUCUGCAACUUCUGUUUGGUUGUUUGGAACCUGUUUACAUUAGAUGUGAAUCUGGUUUGUGGUACCUCUUCUUGUAACUGAAGUGGUUUGGCUCAUAAACGAGUAGUCCUUAGUGGAGAUGCUGAAGUAUAAAGCCUGGUGUGAUUUUUGUAGUAAUCAAGAGCAGUGAUAUACAGAAUCUGCAAUGAACCAAGGUAUCUGUCUGGCUCUUUUAAAGAUGUUUCUCUGUGUAACGUUUGUAACAUAUCACCAGUAUAACAUAAUUUGCAGUUACAGGUACUUGCAUUAAAUGUUGCCAGUUAUGAAAAACAUUCACCACUGUCUAAUAUGGGGCUUCUUCUACAUACUUAAAGUUCCAGAAGUUUCGUGGAAUUCAUCAGACUUGAUUGCUAAUCCUACAGGAAGCUUCGUAACAUUCCCUUGGAGAGUGUAUUUAAUUUUUCCAGAUUAUAACACUACUCGGAUCCUUUUUUUUUUUUUUGAGAUACUCCAGGAAGUCUCUAGAAGUUGUUUUGGUAAUUUAUCAGUAAUAUCGUUACUGGACAUGUCCCAUGUCACUUUUGUCUGUGGCAUUUUUUCUAUAAAAUCAUUGUAACGAAUUCAUAGACCUGGUGUACACUACAACUCAAAAUGGAAGUAAUGUACUGGUUGCUUUGAUAGCGUAUGUUAGCUUUUUCAAAGCAUUUGACAAUGACACUUCUGAGAGAUGAUGUCGACAGAAGGAGGUUUCCAUUUAAUAUUUACAAGGAGAAGUGUUCUUUCUGUUCAGAGGAUUGCAGUAUCCAAUUCUGAUACAGGUGGAAGGACUUUUACAUUCCAAACCAAGAAGUUGCACACUUGACGUAUUCAGUAAGCCUUCUAAAGGAGUGGUGCCUUAACACAAUACCAUGAGGCGCUCAGAGUAGGUAUUUUUCAUGCACUUUGAUUUUUGGUAGAUCUUUCUGGUGCCUCUUUCCAUAUUUCACUUGCUGUACAGCUUACUAUAAAUGUAUUAGUAUGCCUUUUUUCCCUUGCUAGUUGUACUAAGUUUAAGAAGGGAUCAACGCAGUUCUUGUAAGUUUUGUGCCAAUAAGCUAAAUAAAAUUGCUCUUUGAUAUUUU